AUGAAUGAUGAUGAGUUAUCAAUGAGAAAGUUUAAAAGCACACUCACCUUUCAGGAUGGUAGAUACAGUGUUACCUGGCCAUGGAAAGAAGAAAAUCCAGAUUUACCCGAAAACAAAGGACUUGCAAUUGGACGACUUAAGUCGUGUUUGAAAAGACUAGAAAACAAACCUGACCUGCUAGAAAAAUACAACAAUGUUAUAAAAGACCAACUGUCAAAAGGAGUUAUUGAGAAGGUUCAAGACUCGGGGAAAGGCAAGGAAUAUAUGCAUCACUAUAUUCCUCAUCAUGCGGUUAUCACGCCAGAAGUCAAAAGUCAACAACAAAGCUAA